AUGUCACGUUCAACUUCUCAAAGACCGCUUUUCAGCCGUCUAUCCCAACCGGAUCAUCAACCGGCACUCUUUUCGUCUCGAAGCUCCGACGAUGUUCACGAACGGACCUCACUCCUAUCGUCCGAGUCUGCUCCGGGCGGCGUCCGAAACCGUGCCGCUGGAGUGGCGCGAAUGGAAAUCGUUGCCUCGCAGUUGACGACCCGGGAAAGGGUAUGGCUCUUCUUUGGGAUAUUCCUCGUCGGAUAUGCAUACGGUCUGGAGAGCCAAGUUCGGUCAACCUAUCAACCAUACGCCACCUCGUCCUUUUCGUUGCACUCGUACCUGUCCACCAUCAAUGUGCUUCGCAGUGUCAUAGCUGUGGCUGUCCAACCGACGGCUGCCAAAAUCGCCGACAUCUUUGGUCGCUUUGAAAUAGUCGUUGCCUCUACAGUAUUUUACGUCCUUGGCAUGUCUAUCGAAUCUACCGCAUCGUCGGUAUAUGCCUUUUGCGCUGGCGCAGUCAUCUACCAGAUUGGAUAUACUUGCAUCGUGUUGCUGCUGGAAGUUCUCGUUGCCGACUUUUCGUCGAUGCGAGCUCGCGUGUUUUUCAGUUAUAUACCAGCUCUACCGUUUGUCAUCAACACUUGGAUCAGCGGAAAUGUCACCUCUGCUGUGUUGGCAGUCACGACUUGGCGAUGGGGAAUCGGCAUGUGGUGUAUUAUAUAUCCCAUUUGCUCGUUGCCUCUCCUUAUCACGCUAUAUUCCAUUGAUCGGCGAGUUGCACUCCCCAAGCAUGGCGGUCCCAAGAACUUCCGAGAUACAUGGAACUUUUUGGGUCUUGGAAAGUCUACAAGGGGGCUGGCAGAACAGCUAGAUGCCGUUGGACUUGUCACCAUGGUCGCUGGAUUCAGCUUUAUUCUCGCCCCUGUCUCUAUUAUUGGCAGUACGACUGAACACUGGAGAAACCCUUAUGUUAUUGCAUCGCUAGCGAUUGGUUUCGUUUGCAUACCAGUCUUCAUCUUUUGGGAACGACGUGGCGCCAAGACUCCUUUGGUCCCUUUCCACCUCUUGACUGACCGAGGCGUUUGGGCUGCCCUCGCUGUUCGAAGUUUGCUAAAUUUUGCUUGGUAUGUCCAAGGCAACUACUUAUACACCGUUCUCAUUGUUGCGUUCGACUUUUCCAUCGGUACCGCUACCCGUAUUCUAUCCUUUUAUUCCUUCUUUGGCGUCAUUAGCGGCGUCAUCAUAGGCCUUGUUGUCUACAAAAUCCGCCGAUUGAAAGCCAUCAUUGUUGCAGGAACAGUCUUAUUUACCGUUGCAUUUGUCGUACUUUAUAACUUUACCGGUGGAGCGACGACAAGAUCUCAAGCCGGGAUGAUCAGUGGACAGGUACUCAUGGGUCUUGCAAGCGGUUUGUUUGCCUACCCAACGCAAGCGUCUAUACAAGCAUCCGCAACUCGUGACCAUGUUGCAAUCCUUACCGGCUUAUAUUUGUCGUUUUACAACGUCGGAAGCGCGUUUGGCACAUGUUUGGCAGGUGCCAUUUGGAGCCAGUCUCUGUACCCUGCUUUGGAGGAAAAUCUUGCCUUUCAACCCAACAGGACUUUGGCAAGAGAUAUUUAUAAUGCACCAUUUCCCAUUGUGGCGCUAUAUCCUGUUGGCACGGAGAUUCGAACUGCCAUUAUUGACAGUUACGAGUCUGUGCAGCGAUUGCUUUGCAUGGCAGGCUUGUUUUUAUGCAUACCGAUGAUUGCGUUUGCAUUAGCGCUGAGAAACCCGAAACUCUCUGAGCAACAAAUUCAAGAGGAGGCCCAUGAAGCAGACGAGGAGAAUGCAUGA